UCUCAAAUACUGCUAUUGGUGUUUUUUCCCUAUCAAAAACAUAAAGGAGGGACUGGAGUUCUGCCUAACAGCACAUGUUAAUUCAAAAACUGCGUUGCCCGUUCUCUGACAUACCAUCAAGCCUGCAUUUAUAAUGUCAUAAGGUAAUGUCAUAAUAAUAUGGCAAUAUAGCAGCAUUAGCUCAUUCUAUGGAUUGCUGGGCGACCAUGUGAAAUGAGUGUUUUCCACUUUAGCCAAAACCCAAAGGAAGCUUCAUACUGACUUAAAGAAUUCAGAUUUCAUAUACUUUCCUAGAUCACUACAAUCCUUUACCUGAAUUUUUCUGUGCUUUUUAUUUCUGUGCUAUUUAAUUUUAUUUAAUUUUGAUGUAGUAGCAGACACGCAGUAGGAAACAAAGCAACAAUGGAUGAAAUAGCCGGAUUUGCAGAAUAACUGGCCUGAGAGGAGCCUGGAAUGGCACCAAGUGAUUGGGCUAUGUAAUUAGCUCUAAAUUACGUGGUUUUUUAAUUAGAGUUUCAAGUGUAUCAAAUAUUUAUUCAGCUCAAAACCUGGGUAAGGUUCAAAUUUUGGUGUUUAUCUUUGGUCAGCCUUUUUGUGGGUACCAUGCAGUCUUUAAUAGAGUGCUUUAACGCAAAUUCCGGCUUAAUUAAUUUGCUUGCUCUCUGGUUAAUUGCUAUAUCCGGUGCGUUAUUUUGUCAGGUGCUAAGAACUCCAUGUGCCAGGGCUGCCUGCGCUUUUCCUUCCCAUUCUCAUUUUUGUACAUGGGAACGUCAUCGUGGGUUACACGAUGACGACGUGGAGGCGCAGUCUGACGUCACGGCUACGUCCCUCGGAGGGGGGGGAGCCGCCCCCGCCCCCCCCGGCGGCGUGUUGCUUGGCGACCGGACGCCGGUGGCGCGGCGGGAGGGGGCGCUGCCGCCGCCGCUGCACUGCGACAAGGCGGGGCCGGCGGGGCGGGCGGGACCGCCGCAACACGGCGCACUUUUCCCCGUUCGGCUAUCCUAUUGGCUAGCGCCGGCGGGAGGGGGCGGGGUCUCACCCCACGCCCGGCGCUGAUUGGCGGGCUGCCACUCCCCUCACGGGGCUCCCCCGCCUCGAGAGGGUGUGGCCGGGCGGUGCCGCUGUGUGUGUGAGGGCGCCGGUGUGUGAGGGCGCCGGGCUCCCGCGCUUUGGGCACGGCAGGUGGCGACGGGGACAACCCGCGGGUCCCGCCGCGCUGGGAAGCCCUGGGGUGGCUUUACUGAGCUCCUCGGCUCCGCUCGUCCCCUCAGGAGGAGUCACUGCCCGCCCCGUCCCGCCGACCGCUCGCCUGGGAGCCCGCCAGGUAAUUCGGUAUCUUAUUUUGACUGAAAUGUGGGCGAACGGCAAGGAGAGUUGUGGUUAUUUCUGUCACCCGUCUCAUUCUGCACCAUCACUUGGUGGCAUUUAAGGUUCUGUGUGAGACCUCACGCCCAUCCCACCAUCUUCACCUUCCUGAGGGUCAUGCACGUGUAAGGGGGUGGUAAUUAUUCAUUUUUAGAUUGAUUCUUUGCUUUAAAUUAAAGAAAAAAAUCAGGCUUAAGUGAGGGUGUACAUUUCCAUAAUGUAAACCAACUUCCUGUGUAAUUAAUUUUUCAAAUCAUAUCCGUUUUAUGAAAUAUGAAAUGUCUGGAAUCCUUUGCACCAUUUAAUUUAAAAUUCUAAGUUUUAUUAAAAAUUUCUAUUGUCGCGUGUCUUUCUAUAUUUUGCACAUCAAAUGAGUCGGUCAGAAUUAAAUAAUUGUGAAACUUUUUUUCCAGUUUCCACAGUUGAGGGGAGGGUUAACUUGAGCUUUACUUGCAGUAACAACCUGGAGAGAGUCGCCUUCUCUCUCUUAAAAUAUUAUUUGUUACAGGCUUUAUGUUGCUUUUUGUAGAGAAUGCACCAUUCUUGCAUGAGGUGGAAUCUUAGACAUGUCUUUAACUACUGACAGGAUUUCCUAGAGGGCAAAAAGUCAAAUGUUAAAUAUCAUGUAUUAAGCCACAGAGAGGAGUCCCGUGCUCUUUCCAGGAAAGACUUAACUUCCGUAUGCUUGUAAUUACGGAUGCUCUUUCAUUGAUCUUUGCAGUAAUGAGCGUAUACAAAACUGUGAUUUCAGUGUACAGAAUAAAUGAAUAAAAAAUAUUUGAGGGGAAAAGGCUUCAUCCCCUCUGAACGUGUCAUUACAUUUCAGAGUACCUGUCAUCCCUUCAUGGUCGGGUUGCUUCAUGUUCCACAGUGCAGUGCUGAUGUGAAUGUUAACUUGUGACCAGCAAUACUCAAAACUCUUUUACUUUCAAUUAUAGACUCCAACUAUUUCAAAAUAACUGCUUUCCUUUGUUUGAUUACCCAGUGUAAUCAUACCAUAGAACUAGUCCUUAAAACGGUGAUUUAUGGAAUAUUGAUGCUGCUAGUAAUUUUACUUUCAUUAAGCACGUUUUAUAGCUCAAGACUAAGGGAUCCUGAUACUCCAUCAUUACCUUAUUCAAAUAUAAUUUUAAACCAACUGCUACAUGUGUACAAGGUAGCACAAGAAGUCAGCUUUCUAUUUUAUAACCGGCCAGGUUUGCCACUGGCGCUGACCUGUUCUGGCCCAGUUAUUUCUUUUAUAAUAGCAGAUAUGGUACAUGCUCACUGGCUUAAAUAUAAUUGAUACUGACAUCUGUCUGUGCACUGACAGCGAGAAGUCUCCACUGUAGAAUUACCACAGUUGACACCAGUUGGUAGUACUAGCAGGAUGAGGGAUAAGGACUCAGUGACUGAAGGGACAUAUCUAUCUUUACCUUUCAGGGCAUCUUAGUUGGAAAGUUUGGGCUCAUUUAACCUGUGAAGGACCUUUGUCCUUUAAAACUAGUUAUUUGGCAAUAGAUUCCAUUUAGAUAGAAUUCUUAAACUGCUAUGACUCUUCCUAUUGGAUUUAUGUUUUGUGUUGCGUUUCUGGCGCUUUUUUUGUCCAAUUUAAGUCUCAUUAAUACAUGAAACCUAAGAAUUAUCUUGGUAGGUUCUGGCUUUUUUUUUCUUUCUGAUGAUUUUGUUCAGCUGCUUUUUUGAGGGGAGGAAAGCUGAUAGUUACCUUCUAUUGUGUUUUUGGUUUCUACCAACAAAACAAACAAAAAGUGCUGGAAUAGCUUCUAGAGUCAGAAAGAAAAUCAGUGCUAUUUUGUGUAUUUUAAGCAUCUUUUCUUUUAGCUGCAUGGAAAGAGGGUGAUGCAAAAGAAACAUCUAUGUGUAGUGUACUUUUAGUAACAAGUGAUCAGUUAAAUCUACUGCCUCUCUGAUAAUCUCUGUAAUCCUUGCUUUAACAGUCACAUACAGAAUUCUGACUCAUAAAUUCUGUUAUUUAUGUGACGUGUUUAAGGUACUUUGGAAAAGGUCCAAAGUGCUUUCCAAAUAUGAGUCCUUACUAAGCUCUUUGGCUGUGCUUUACUUGAAUAUGAAAGUCUUGAUUAACGCCUGCAGAUUUCUCCUAGCAUUUGCUAAAACAGUGCUUUGAACUUUUACUGUGUUCUCUGGUGCUAUACAUAAAAUUAAUUUGGAAAAAUAUACCCUAAAUAUACACUUUUUUUUCCUAAUUAGAGCUGCCUUUUUAAAGUGUUUACUGCUGUCCUUAUAUGCUUUGUUCUAUUCAGCUUGAAGGUGAAGGAACGAGGUUCCUUGGCCCUGAUAAUCCUAGCUCGUCAGGAGUUAGGAAUGCCUUAGGACAACUCAAAAGUCAGGUUUUCAGAAUGAGAGCUGAAAGACAUCCAGGUGUUGUAUUUCCUGGCUCUGAAUUCUUAUUGAUUGCCCUCAGCCUGCUGCCCUGGGUUGGCUCCUAUAUAAUGAAGCUCAGGUGUGCAGAACAAGAGGAGACUGAGGUUAAGCACUAGAAAGUUUGGGGGAACAGGCAAGUGUUUUUCAAUGCUUAACAUAGCUGAAGAUGAGUCGUGGAUUUUCAGAAAACAAUAACUUUCCUUAUGAUAACAAUCAAAUGGUUUUGGAUAUGAUCCUGUGUUCCCUGAUCGGUGUGCCUCAGCCUAUCAACUGGGACAGUGUGGCAAGGCUGGUUCCAGGAUAUACAUCCAAAGAGUGUGCAAAAAGGUUUGAUGAACUAAAAAGCAGUGGAAGUUCACCUGUUGACAACCAGUAUAAUCCCCUGAUGGCCGCUGGUGGGAGUCCUGUGGAAACUUUAGCUACGUACAUCAAAUCCUCCUUGCUCGAUACACAGACAGAGUUUCAGGAGCCUGCUAUUGGGCAGGAUUCCAUUACUAUAACUGGAAGGCCCAGCACAACCUCCACAAGGAGUUCUUCAGAAUCUGAAGGUCCUGCACAUAAAGGUGGAGAAGGCACUGAUGAAAGCCAGGGGCCAAAUAUGGUGAUCCACGUGUGCGACGAAGCCAAAAACCUCAAAGAAGAUUUUGUGUGUCCGCGAGACCUUUUGAUUUCAGAAAUGAAAUACUUUGCGGAAUAUCUGUCAGUGGAUGCCCAGCGCUGGGAAGAGGUGGACAUUUCAGUGCACUGUGACGUUCACAUCUUUGACUGGCUGAUAAGAUACGUUAAAAGGAACGCUAAAGAUUCUGAAGCUAAUGAAAUGCCUACUUUAGAACCAUCAAACGUCAUAUCAAUUCUUAUUUCUUCUGAGUUUUUGAAGAUGGAUUCAUUAGUUGAAAAAUGCAUUCAUUAUUGCCACAAAAAUAUGAAUGCUAUCGUAGCCACGCCAUGUAACAUGAAUUGCAUCAAUGCUAAUCUGGUCACGCACAUUGCCGAUCUCUUCACACACAAUGAAGUGGAAGAGCUAAAGGACAAAAGAGACAAAUUUAAGAGUAAACUUUUCUGCAAGAAGAUUGAGAGACUGUUUGAUCCAGAGCACCUAAAUCCAGAUUCUCGAGGAAAUGCAGCAACAUUGUACAGGUGUUGUUUAUGUAAAAAGCUGCUAACUAAAGAAACUGAAAGAAGAAUUCCUUGUGUACCGGGAAAAAUCAACAUAGAUCAACAUGGAAAUAUUGUCUACGUUCAUAUAAGAGACAAAGCCUGGGAAGUCCACGAGUACUUAAUCGGCCUUCACGAGGAACUGAAAUCUUGGCGGGAUGUUUAUUGGCGUCUUUGGGGGACCGUCAAUUGGUUGACCUGCUCAAGAUGUAACCAAUCUUUCCUGUGUACUGAAUUCUCCCACUGCCAGUACCAUUCGCAGUCAGUUCUUUAUCCAGGUGUAGCAAGUGCUCUGGGCUCAACUGCGACAGGAGUGUAUCCCUGCUGUAACCAAAAAGUGCUUCGAUUUGAUCCUACGACCCUCCCAAAGGGCUGCAAAGUGAGGGAUCACACGGUUGAUUUACCUUCAGGAAAUGAAGAUGGGGAUGCUUUGCCAUCUCAGACUGCUAAAAUAUUGAAUGAUCUGCUCCAUCAUAGAGAUGUUAUUGUGGUUCCUUUCACUAAGGAUGAGAAUAGUGAUUCUGGCAUUGGGCUCUGUGAUGAAAAAGGCAUUGAAUGUGAUGUGCUUGUAGAACCAAACACGCCUUGGGGUCCCAAAACUGGAGAAAUCAAUGCUUUUCUUUCUCUGAAGAACUGGGCUUUACAACUGAAACAGCAGUCGUUGUUAUCUGAAGAGGAGGAAUAUACCACUGGCUCAGAGGUCACUGAGGAUGAAGUGGGAGAUGAAGAAGAAGUAUGCAGGAAACCAGCAGGGAGAAAGGAGAAAUUAAAGAAAUCCUACAAGCACCCAAAGAAAGUGAUUUCUUCACCCAGUAUUCAGAAAAAGGAGAAGCCAUCUGAGAAGUCAAGUUCCCGAGAUGCAUCUCCGUUCACUGUGAGUAUGCAGCAGAACAAAUGGGAUGCCUCCCGGUCACUGAGAUUCAACCAAGAUGCUCAAAGAGAAGACGAUCAGAGAAGAAUGUCUGAGAUUACAGGGCACUUAAUAAAAAUGAGACUGGGAGACCUUGAUCGAAUCAAGUCGAAAGACAGCAAAGAAUAUGCAGGAGGCAUUUAUUCUAGACUUGAAGCUCAGAUAAGGGCCUCAGCGCAGGUCAGCGCACGACAAAACAACACUGAGAAGAAUGCCAGGUCAAAGUCCCGUUUUGGUCAAGGCCGUCCAACAUAAGGACUCACGAAAAGACUUUAGCCAGAAUCCAUACAUUACUGCUUCCUGAAACUGUACUGCACUCUGGCAUACAGAGAAUGCACAUCUCUGAAAGCUUUCCAGUGACUUAUUUAUUACUUUAAGCCUUGUAAAUUAUUUUGUGCGAUAAACAAAUGCAAAUCCAAUAAGGUCUGUACUUAUUUUAAUUGUAAAUAUACUGUUUCUUAAAUUUAAAUUUAAUUGCUUUUUUUUAGGCUAUUGUGUUAAGUUGCAUAGAAAAUAUUUUAUAAGUCUACAUAGUUAAAUUAUCAGACUAACUUUAUUUAUGGGGAAAGACAUUAAUAUGCCUUUUAGUAUGCUAGAAAUACUGAAAAAGAAAAAGCAAGACUACUGAAUUCUGAAUACGAUCGGCAGCAUUAACACAAGUUGCCGAGCGUAUUUGUAUCGUGUGGUAUUUGAUGGUACAUUUCAAGUCACCUCUCUGGGGAUUUGCAUUUAAAAUCUGACAAUACCUGUGACUUUAGACUAGUUUAAGCGCAACUUUAAUGCGGUUUCGAGGCUUCCUUCUGUGUAUCACACAACUCCCAUGCGUGUGAAGGUGGGUAGCAGGUAGAGACUAGACCUCCCAAGAUUUUCUAAAUGUCAGAAUGAUGCAGUAUUGCAUCUUGCACGUGAAACGCUUGCUUUACUUGGCUGUGAAAUUAGUGUUAAUUCCCUUUCCGUAUCUUACUCCUCUCACACAAUGCAAUGUUUUGUUCCCUUCUGAUAUCCGGGCCUUAGGAUGCAAAGCAGUUCUAUCUCUUAAUGCUGCUAUACCGCUAAAUUUCUGAGCAGAUGCGCUGUUAAUUCUGCAUCUUUCAAUAGAGAUGUCUCAUUAUGAAGAUUUGCGCAUGUAGAUCUUUUGGGUCUAGUUACUUUCUGAAACCUGCCUCAAUAAUACCGUUUAGAAGUCAGAUGCACUUUCAAGUUCUGUAUUUGGAGCAAUAGAAUAAAAGCUUGUCUACGCGUAAAAUCCAGGGCUAGCAAAAUGUGAUAACAUGCCUAGAAAAUAUGAUGCAUACUAGCAAAGAAAAUGGCAAUAAUGACAAUAAUAAUGACUGAUUUCAAGUAAACUCAUUCUGACUUUUUGAAACAGGUAGAGAAGAGCGCUCAGGGAAAGCUUAUUCCAGGCCACAGCUGUACAAUAAAUUGUGAGUUUGGAAUUAAAUCAGCAAGAUCCUGGGUGGGAGGGUGGGGUAAGGAGAGGGAGGUCGUUGUUUAAAUGCACUCUCCUCUCCAUUCAGGCUUUUUUUUGGGUUUGUCGUGUUUCUAGAGGAUUUUCAGUAGGUGUUAGAAGACUAGGAUAGCAAUACUUGAAAAAACUGCUUUCAAGGUGAGAGAUUUUUACUGAAACAAUUAAGAGUGCAUUGUGUUUAUUGUGUGUUUUGUCCAAUGCUACAGCAAUUUCUGGAGCCAAGUGAAACCAACAGGCAAAACUGUGGAUUUCAAGGGCUUUGAGUUUGGGCGGGAGGGGUAACUUUGCUGGAGUGCUUUAAUCUAUAUAAAAUAAAUAAGGCUUUAUUAAUGCCUCAGGCCUGUUUGCAAGCAGUAAUGCAGUUUUAAGCACUUAUAGCAAACACUGGAAAACCGAUUGCUUUUUGUUGAAAGAGGAAGUAUUAUAAAACUCACCAGGUAUGAAAAUGCAGUUGAAUAAGUGUUUUCCUAUAAUUUUGUGAGUUCUGAUAGAGGAUAGUUCCAAAUUCCCAUGGCAAACAUUGCUAUGAAAGCUGCAGGCUGCAUGUGUGUGUGUUUAGUUUUCAUAGAACUACUGACUAGAAGAGAGGGGAUAAUGCUGCUGGUUUUGUUCUGUGGGAAGGUGCCAGUUCUACGUGCCAGUAUUAUUUUAUUUGAAAAUAUUUUUGACCGUAUAAAAAUAACAUACAUGAUGUGCAGUCUAUCUUUUCUUUUUCCCUUUGCCAACCCCCUUGAAUUUUUAUCUUGUAUUAAUUUUGAAAAUUUGUCUUGGUUUAAUGGAAAUAAAUGUUACUGAUUUAAGAA